CCAAGCUUGCCAGCUAGAGGACCCCCCGAGACCAUAAAGAGUUGGCUAGCGCUGGUAUAUUCAAGUGUUACCUAACCUCAAUCGCGAUGCUGCGAACCGUAUCACGAUCCGUAGCCCGUCAGAGCCGGUCUCUGAAGAUAGCGAACCGAACUCCACAGCUCCUUCGACCCCUCUCCACGACCGUAUGUCGCAUGUCGAGCACAGUGCUUAAGCCGGUAGAACCCCCGGUGUCAUCAGCACUCCCAGGAGACUCGUUCCAGCUUCUCCCCGAAGCGUCAAAAGCUGGCCAGGCGGAAAAUGCGCUCUUCGACGAGCAGGUACGGGCCGUGGAGGAGUGGUGGGCGUCGCCGCGGUUCAGGGGUAUAAGGAGACCAUAUACUGCGCAGGAUGUCGUGAGCAAGAGAGGAGCGCUGCAGCAGACCUACCCGAGCUCGUUGAUGGCGCGGAAGCUCUUCAAUUUGUUCGAAGAGCGGGCAGCGAGGGGCGAGCCCGUGCAUACCAUGGGUGCCAUUGAUCCCGUGCAAAUGAGCCAGCAAGCCGCGAACCAGGAGGUGCUCUACGUCUCGGGGUGGGCGUGUUCCUCCGUAUUGACCACCACCAACGAAGUGUCGGCCGACUUCGGUGACUACCCGUACAACACCGUACCAAACCAGGUGCAGCGCCUUUUCAAGGCCCAGCAACUCCAUGAUCGCAAGAAUUGGGACAACAGGAGGAAGAUGACCCCGGAACAGCGUGCCAAGACUCCGUAUCUCGACUACAUGCGACCCAUCAUUGCCGAUGGAGAUACUGGGCAUGGUGGUCUCUCGGCCGUCAUUAAGCUGGCGAAGCUCUUCGCGGAGAACGGUGCUGCAGCUGUUCACUUUGAAGAUCAGCUUCAUGGCGGCAAGAAAUGCGGUCACCUUGCAGGGAAGGUGCUGGUGCCGAUGGGCGAUCACAUCAACCGCCUUGUUGCCGCGCGCUUCCAAUGGGAUAUGAUGGGAUGCGAGAACCUGGUGAUCGCCCGGACGGAUUCUGAGAGCGGAAAGCUGAUCUCAACCAAUGUCGACACGCGGGAUCACGAGUUUAUCAUGGGCGUAACAGAAGAAGGGGAGGCACUGACCGAAACUCUGCAGAGUAUGGAAGCUGCCGGCGCACCGGGGAGCGAGAUUGAUGCGUUUGAGGCGGCGUGGGUGAAGAAGCACAAGCUCGUCACUUUCGAUGAGGCCGUGCUCCAGCAUCUUCAGAAGGAAGGCGCUUCCGAGUCAUCGAUCGAUGCCUACCUGAAGGAAGUCAAAGCGGACCCCAACCUGUCCCUCCUCAAACGCCGCAAGAUCGCCGAGGGCUACACCAAGUCGCCCGUGUACUUCAACUGGGACAUUCCGCGGACUCGCGAGGGCUUCUACCAUUACAAGGCCGGGAUGGCUGCAGCCACCAAACGCGCGAAGGAGUUCGCGCCCUAUGCCGACCUUCUUUGGGUUGAGACUGCGGACCCCAACGUAGAGAAAGCGGGCAAGUUCGCUGGCGAGAUAAGAGAGCAGUAUCCCGGAAAGAAGUUUGUGUAUAACCUCUCGCCAAGCUUCAACUGGAUGGGGCAAGGUUUCUCUGAGGAGUCCUUGAAGAACUUUGUUUGGGAUCUUGCGAAGCACGGUUUCGUCCUGCAGCUGAUCUCGCUCGCCGGCCUACACUCGACGGCAACAAUAACCUGCGAGCUUUCGCGCGCUUUCAAAGACCAGGGCAUGCUCGCCUACGUCAACCUCGUCCAAGCUCGCGAGAAGGAGCUCGGCUGCGAUGUCUUGACGCACCAGAAGUGGAGCGGAGCCGGCUACAUUGACGGUAUUAUGGGUGCUAUCCAGAGUGGGAGCAGUGGCAGCAAGAGUAUGGGCGAAGGCAAUACGGAAAUGGGCUUCUAGAUGUACUUUGUACCAAUAGAAAGUAUUUAUUCGUUUAAGCUUUGCGCGUACCAUAAUGUGAGGCUUCAGGCCGGUUCCGCUCGCCAGCAAAAGUUCCCUUCGAUACCGUUCCGGGGUUCCAAAAAUCCGACUUUUUGAAGACUGGUACUCAAAAGA